UGUCCCACGAGAUACUUGCGCUUUCUGUUCCUUACCAAAUGCCACAAACUAUGCUAACAAACUCCGCUUAUGAAAUUAAGAACUGUAUUUUGGGAUUAUUUGAUUCCUAGUUGUUUAAAUGCUAGCUCCGAAGGCUCAAACAACCAAACUAUCAACAGAUAAUCUUUCGUAUCUAGAAUCUUGAGUGAAAAUAUAAGUUAGCAGCCUCGCUGUUACAUCUGGCCACUUGACAACUGGCGUUCACUUGGUUGUGUGUCUGGAGAGGAAGGAAAUAUAACCGGGAUACAAAUGCGGCUGAAAGACCCCUUCUCUUUAAAAACCGCAGACAUGACCAAGCGGUCUAACAAGCCAAAGAAGCCUCGCGAUGAAGACUCGUCCGAUGAGGUUGGCGUGCUGACGUGCCAGCAUGUGAGCAGGGCUGUGGACCUCAGCUCGGUGAAGAAGGCAGUGACAGGCAGCUUGUGGUCUGUGUGCUCUGAAUGCGUUAAAGAGAGGAAUUUGUUUGAGGGGGAAUCGGCAGGAGCACAUGAUAUUCUUGUGUGCCUCAAGUGCGGGUUCCAGGGAUGUAAUCAAUCAGAAUCUCAGCAUUCCACAAAACACCAGCAAGCCCAACACUCAGACGCUCACUGUAUCACUAUCAGCCUCAGUACAUGGAAGGCCUGGUGCUUUGAAUGUAAGGAAGAGCUCUCAACUAAUUGCAAUAAGAAGGCCCUGGCUCAGACUCUGGACUUCCUGCAGAAGCACUCAGCAAAGGCCUCCUCAGGAACAACUUCAAAAAUCAUCAAGCUUCGAGAGGAUCCCACUGAGUAUGUGGACUCUCAGAGAGGGAAGAGUCCAGCGAACAACACUCUUAUCCCUGUCAAGGGCAUCAACAAUCUGGGCAACACCUGUUUCUUCAAUGCAGUAAUGCAGAAUCUCUCCCAAACACAUAUGCUGAAUGACCUGAUUCAGGAAGUCAGGGAGAAAGGUCAUAAGAUGAAGAUCUGCCCCACUGCUGAGAAUAACUUGGGGCCACUUACUGUGACAUUACCCAGCCCAGAACCUCUCACUUCAGCCAUGUUCCUGUUCCUCCAAAGCAUGAAGGAGCCUGGGAAAGGGCCUGUCUCCCCCAAGAUCCUCUUCAACCAGCUCUGUCAGAAGGCCCCCCGCUUUAAGGGUUACCAGCAGCAAGACAGUCAAGAACUGCUGCACUACCUCCUGGACUCUAUGAGAGUGGAGGAGACAAAACGGAUUAAAGCAGGCAUCCUUAAAGCCUUUAACAACCCCACCGAGAAGACAGCCGAUGACGAGACAAAACGACAAGUGAAGGCUUAUGGGAAGGAGGGUGUGAAAAUGAAUUUUGUUGAUCGCAUUUUUGUCGGUGAGCUUACCAGCACCAUAAUGUGCGAAGAGUGUGAACAUAUCUCCACAGUGAAGGAAGCAUUCAUUGACAUCUCCCUUCCCAUCAUAGAGGAAAGGAUCUCUAAGCCCACAAACCCCGGUAGACUAGGGAAGAGUGGGCGGGAGCAAGAUGCUCUGGUACCCCACAGCGAAGACUCAUCAGGUGCCAACUCACAGGCCAGUAGAAACAGGAGACUGAGUGGACAGAAGGUGCAGAGUCGGCUUUCGUCCACUUCUCAUGAUGACAGGGGAGCAGACUCUGUCUCUAGCCGACAAGAGGAGGAGCUCUGUGUGGCUGGGCGUGGCCUGGCCAGUUCUCAGGCUGACGCAAUGGGCAGUCAAUCAGACAGCAGCGAGAAGGAUUCCAACAUGCAGGACAGUAGUAACGAUGCAGAUAGCGAGGCGUCAGAGAGUGAAUGGUCUCCUCGAAUCCCAUUCAGUCACAGUAGCACCUCAGAUAAUGUCUUAACCGCCAUGGCUACACCCACAACAGUACACCAUCCUAAGCCUAGCUUGAACCCAAGCUCAAGCCCCACUCCUAUGCCCUCCCCUCGACCUCAACAGGGCGGAGCUGUAGAGCAUCUUGUCAGUGCUGUGUCCAAGCUGGGCCUGGUUCACACUUCCACUGACACUCUACCCAUCAGCCAUAGACCAGAUGAGCAGACUGAGAUCCGGGAAAGGGAGAGAGAUCGGCAGAACCACCAAGGGGCCUUCCAGGCUCUUUGUCACAGCUACACACCCAGCUCUAAAGAGUGCUCUGUGCAGUCCUGCCUGCACCAGUUCACCUCAGUUGAGCUGCUCAUGGGUAACAACAAACUCCUUUGUGAGAAUUGCACUGACUGGCGGCAGAGACAGAUGAAGAGGAGCAGUGGUGCAGAGAAGAAGGCUGAGAAAGUGUACACCAGCGCCCGGAAACAGAUGCUUAUCUCUGCACUACCUCCAGUGGUCACUCUCCACCUUAAACGCUUUCAUCAGGCCGGGAUGAAUCUGAGGAAAGUUAAUAGACAUGUGGACUUUCCUCUUGUUCUGGACCUGGCACCAUUCUGCUCUGCCACUUGCAAGAACCUUGGGUCAGGAGAGCGUGUGCCUUACAGCUUGUAUGGCAUUGUGGAACAUAGCGGAUCGAUGCGAGGGGGGCACUACGCAGCCUACGUGAAGGUCCGCUCCCCCCAGCGCAAACCUGAACAGCGUCGGAACCAGUCAGAAAAAAAAAGUCAUUUGUGUUUGGAACGACACGAGGGUUCCAGAGAGGCCAGUUCAGCCCCACAAUGGCAGUGGGUGUAUGUUAGCGACACCAACGUACAGACUGUACCAGAGUCCAGAGUGCUUAACUCUCAAGCUUAUUUACUUUUCUAUGAAGAGGUGCUUUAGAGCCAGACGGCUGUGUGAAUUUGUAAUGAUCCAGAUAAAUGCUGGUGGCAGGCAAUGUCAGAUUGGACAACAUUGGGCAAUUUCUGCAUGCCUUUAUCAAUGUAUUUUAAUGUAAGAAGGAUUGCAUAUACUAAAUACAAGCUUGGCCAUUAAGCUAAAAUCUGUUGGCUUAUUCAUUACUCAAAGGCGAUCUGAAUUGAGAUUGGUAAGGGGGAGAGAUUAUUAUUGAUGUAAAAUAAUAUUCUGAAUUUAAGUUAUUUAUAUUUACAGCUAAUAUAUGACCUUAUCAUAUAUAUUUUUUGGUUUGUUUGUUAAAUGGAAAUGAUGGAAAACUGGCCAAAGAUUCAAAAUGUAUAGAAUAUAUAAUAUGAGAGGGACAUAGGAAAAAUGAGCAUUGUGCCAAAAGCAUCUGUCGUCUCAAACCUCUAAUAUGAAACGGAACCUCAGCACAACAUGCAGCUGUAGGAUGUCACACACAUACACUCACCGGCCACUUUAUUAGGUACACCUGUACAUCUAUUUAUUCAUGUGAUGAUCUGAUCAGCCAAUCAUGUGGCAGCAGUAUAAUGAAUAAAAUCAGCCAGAUAUUGGUCAGGAGCUUCGUUUAAUGUUCACAUCAACCGUCAGAAUGGGAGAAAAAAUGUGAUCUCAAAAAACAACCAAUGAGUGGCACUUCUGUGGACGAAAAUGCCUUGUUGAUAUGAGAGGUCGCCUGAGAAUGGCCAGACGGGUUUGAGCUGACAGAAAGGUUACGGUAACUGAUGGUAGUGAGCAGAAUAGCAUCUCAGAAUGCACAGCAUGUCGAACCUUGAGGCGGAUGGGCUACAACAACAGAAGACCACGUUGGGUUCCACUUCUAUCAGCCAAUAACUGAAAACUGAAAGUCUGCAGUGGGCCUAACAUUUGUGUACCUCAGCAUAAAUCCAGAUUUGUCAGAGCAGGCAAAGUUUUUCCAAUGACUACUGUCCUGUUUUGGUGAGCCUGUUCCCACUGCUGCCUCCUGUUCUGUUUCCUGUUCUUUGCUGACAGGAGGGGUCUUCUGCUGCUGUAGCCCAUCCGCUCAGUGUUCGACGUUUUGUUCGUUCAGAAAUGCUUUUCUGCAUAGCACUGUUGUAACUAUUUAUUUGGGUUACAAUCACCUUCCUGUCAGCUUGGACUAGUAUGGCCAUUCUCCUCUGACCUCUGUCAUUAACAAGCCAUUUUCGCCCACAGAACUGCGGCUCGCUGGAUGUUUUUUGUUUUUCUGUCCAUUCUCUUUACACUCUAGAGACUGGUAUGCAUGAAAAUCCCAGAAGAUCAGCAGUUACAGAAAUACUCAAACCAGCCCAUCUGGCACCAAAAAUCAUGCCACAGUCAAAAUCACUGAGAUCACAUUUUUCCCCAUUCUGAUGUUUUAUGUGAACAUUAACUGAAGCUCCUGACCCAUAUCUGCAUGAUUUUAUACAUUGCACUGCUGCCACACGACUGGCUGAUUAGAUAAUCGCAUGAAGAAGUAGGUGUAUAGGUGUGCCUGGUAAAAGUGGCUGUUGAGUGUAUAUAUGCACAAGCACAAAAACACAUUGUGAUGUUCUUAGAAAGAAACAAUACUACAUUCACAAGGUUGCUUGGUUAACAUAUACAUUUUAAUGUAUAUAUAUUUUCAUUUGUUUUUGUUGUAUUUACACAUUUUGCUUUGGUUUACUAGAUUUAGACACAUAUCAACUAGCUUUCAUAGAGUUUUUGAAUGAAUCAAGACAUUGACAUUUAUUUGAUUGGAUUGACUGCAGUGGGCAUAUAAUUGUAUAAACUUAGAUUGUGUUAAUGUAUUUCUUGUCAAACGUAUUUCACAUUAUCUCAAUCUAAUAGUUAAGGAGUUGGUGCAAUAUUCUUGGACUUUGUAAACAAAAUUUGCCAUGGUUUUGUUUGUUUUAUUUUUUUCCAGAAUUUAUUUUGAAUUUAAAUCUAAUUAUUUUUUCAUCCAUGAGUUUUCAACUACUACUGUGUGUGUGUGUGUGUGUGUGUGUGCGUGCUAAUUUGCAAGCAUAUAUAUAUAUAUAUAUAU